GCGGGGUGCAUCAGGAUAUAAUAUCAGUUCUUUGGAGAGUCCAAAACGAGACUCUCGCAUGCGAUCCAGCACAUAUGGGGUGUCACUCUGACUCCCGACAAUCCCGACUUCCUGCAGAAAGUGUCCGAAAUGGCGAAGGGCAUAGGCGGCCGUCGACGAAAGAAAAUCACCCGAUACAUGCGACGAGUGUCGGUCGGUGGAGCGGCGAGGAGCAGGCAAACGUGGAUAACACCGCGAUAAGAAAAAGACGCAGCGAUGGCACGGCGGUAGCUAGACCAGGAUGGAAAGAGGAGAGAAAGAAGAAGCGAGAGAAAGAAAGAGUGAGAGCGAAGGGGUCGGUCGACCGACGACCGGUACCAUGGUCCCAAGCUAGGAGCCGAGUCAGCAGAGUGUCAGUCAGGCUCGAGACACCCGCGCGAACGGAGCGAGAGAGCGAGGUGGUGACUCGGCUGGUUUACCUCCCCUUCUUCUAACGUUCUUCGCGGAUGCAACCCCCUCCUCCUACACACACUCAGACGAGGUAUUAAUCCUCUCCUGGUCUAUCACGGAGCAGGAGUACACGGAGUAGUGUCGCGCGGAGUGUCGUACGGGAUAGGAUACGCGCAGAGGAGAGCGGCUCGCCGGUGUCAUCCGGAUAACGUUGCUCGUUAUCACACCCCGUAGCACGCGCCGUAUCUCCGCCCGUAUCUCCACCCAGAGUGCACUCGAUCGGCAGCGAUACACGAAGAAGGACUGCCACGACGACGACGACGACGCCGACGACGAGGCGGUUAUUGUUGUGAGCUACUCCGAAGACCGAGUGUGUGUCCACGGUGUGAUCACACAAGGAACCACAAUGGCGGAGGUGGCAACAAAGAAGUCGAUCAAUGUAGUAAGUAGCAAGAAGAACGAGGUGUGCGGUGUUCAAUCUAACAACGGUUUGAUUGAUUUGGAUGAUCUAACCACGAGUAACACUCAACUAAUUUCAUUGUGCGACGAUGACGAUCUCGUACUCACAAACAAUACACGUAACGAGCUUGAGAACGACGACAAGAGUCUGCAAGAGCUGAUAGAGAGUGAACUGGCCCUGAGAAUCUGCUCGAGUAAAGACGACGAUGAUGCCGUUAUCGAAGAAACCGAAAAUGUCAUCUCUCAACCGGAGACAAUCAAGAAAAUCGUUCUGGAUUGUCGACAGGAUCCCGUUGAUGUUAAUGCGGAGUUCAUAGCUGCCGAGAGCGGGCAUUAUUCUUUAGUCGAGGAACCAUAUGGUCAUCGGAAUGGUCAUGUGUCCCCACACGUCAACAUUGAAGUUGUAAAACCAAAACCAGGACGUUUCGAUGAUGAAGAAGAAGAUCAAGCGUUUGUCGAGCAAUCGGAAGCUGAUGCGCCGAUAAUUAUUCAGAAAACGAACGAAGGUGAUCAAGAGUCAAACCGCAACGAAGCUGUCGAUGUUAGCAGUAAUAGUGAGGAGUGUCAGGCGAUUGUCAAGGAAGCUGUUCCUCCCACGGAUGAUGCAGACUCUGUCAAUGUCACAAAUGAUUUCAUAGAUGAAUCGAACUCCCAGUCUUUCCCAAUUUCUGCGAGUUGUCCCGUGGAUAAAUACCAACGAGAGGAAGAAUUAGUGCCGAAGAUACUCGAUGACGUAGAUCUCCUUCACACCGAUGUUGAACAGGAAAGAAAGAACGUAGAUAUUCCGAACAUAUGGACUGACCAUACGCCUGCCUUUCAUGGUCUGCAGGCCGGUCGGUUCUAUAAUUGUGAAGAGGAGCUCUAUCCAUUAAAUCAAAACCUUGAAGAAAUGAAAUUCUCUUGGAUGAAUAAAAAGUCUUCCACGAAUGAACAUAUCGAUACACUUAAUGAUUCCUGUGCAAACAAUUCUGUCGAGGAGGAAAAGAAGAUUCCCACAUCGCCGAUCCGUCAGGAUAAAUCGUCACUCUCCGAAACGAUCGAAGAAGUCGAUUUGAAACUGAAAGAUUCUCAUUUCUCCGACGACGUCUGCCAGUCCGAGAUGUCCGCAGAGAUGGCCAGUACGCAGGAAUUCCUCGAUAUAGAACGUCGUGUGCUAAAUGAAGAGAUCGAUCAGGAACCACCGCAGAUUGUGAUAUCCUCAGAGAUCGCCGAAUCUCAGGCAACAUCGGGAUCGAUUCUGGAAAACGAAUCGCCAGAGUGUCUCGUUGCGGAAGAUAUGCAAAAUCUGGUAGACGAAUCCUCGAGCGAGUUCUCGGCGUCAGACUCGACUUUCAUCGAAAAAACCGAGAUUGUAGUAUCUGACACGAGCGUGACGAUCUUUUCGGAGACGAGACAACUCGUCGCCGAGCAGAUCGGGAAUCUCGACUCGUGGACCACAGUCGAAGAGGCCACAAAAUCGGCAGACGCCGAAGAACUACAGAAGGAUGCGCCAACCGCGACGGAACGUGACGCGGUUAACGACGCGACGAGGGACGAUAAUGAAGGGAAGCAAGACGAUUACCUUGCACCCUCGUCCCCCCGUGCGCCUCUAGCCACACCGGACGAGACGGAGACGAGCGAUGUUUCUAACGCCUGUGACAGCGAAAGCCGCGAGGAAACGGUGACCACGAGUUCCACCGUGGUGACCUCCUCAAAAGGUGGGACCAAAACGAAGAAGAAGAAGAUCGAGGGCGUUGCUGGUAACGAUGCCACCUCGCCAAACCUUACGCCGCGCACAAAGAAAACCAAGAAGAGCAAGAAGAGCGAUCUCGAGAAGGAGAACAUCUCCGUGAACUGUAGCUUACAAGACGCAAGCAUGCAUACGGGCACUCAGCGAUCGCAUUCGGAGAUGAUCGAUUUUUCCGCCAAGGACGAUUUAUCGAACGUCAAUGUUAAGUCACUGACACAGAACUAUGUCUCGGAGACAAGUCGUAGUGAUCAGGAGAAGUUGUGCAGGGAGCGGAUAGCGACUGGCGUGUCCAUCAAGCAAUUAUGUCGCAGCUUUGGCGACAUCUCGAACAUGAGUGACGGCGAUCAGGCAACUUUUGGGAAAGCGAACCAUGCGAUGGAAAUUGAAGAGAAAUCGAGCUUUAAUAAAUUCGACGCUCUUAGCAAGAAAGUUCUUCAUGUGCGUUCGGUUGAUGCGGGAAAAGUCCAACAGCAGCUGAAUGCAGUGGGUCAGAAUGCCGAUGCGAAUACGAACUGUCGCAGCUGUGGCAAGGUCGUGUUCCAAAUGGAGCAGACAAAGGCCGAGGGUCUGGUCUGGCACAAGAAUUGCUUCCGGUGCGUGCAGUGUAGUAAGCAGCUCAAUGUGGACAAUUAUGAGAGCCACGAGAGUAAACUCUACUGUAAGCCACACUUCAAGGAACUCUUCCAACCGAAACCGGUCGAGGAGUCCGACCAACCUGUGCGACCUCGAAAGCCGGAGCUGAUCAUACGGGAGAACGAGCCGAAAGAAUUGCCGCCCGAUGUGGUCAGAGCUUCCGACAAACCUGAUCUGGGACUCGAGGAACUUUCAAGCUUAAACGUCAAGUCGCGCUUCCAGGUCUUUGAGAAAGCUAGUACGGAGAACACCAAUGAGAUCGAACGAUCACCAUCACAAAUCGCCGUCAAGAGAUCACCCAGCAUCCUUAGUAAACUGGCCAAAUUUCAAGCGAAAGGCAUGGACAUUGGCGUGGCAGACGAAUCUCUCAAUGGCAUACCUUAUGAAGAGUCCAGCGAAAGUGAGGAUGAAGUGGAGGCAGAAGAAACCGAAGAAGUGGAAACUGAAAUCGUAAAGUCAAAACGCACUACACGCGAACGACCGAUCAGCUUUUCAAAGAUGGACGACAUCAAAAAUCGUUGGGAGAGCACCAGCCAGCAGGGAAGACGCGAGGUUCAGCGCGAGGCUAGGAAGGAAGAAAUCGCAGGAAUCCGUUCACGAUUGUUCUUGGGUAAACAGGGUAAAAUGAAGGAAAUGUAUCAACAAGCAGUAGCUGGAAGCGACCGUGUUACGAAGAUAAACGCAGCAGAAGAGAUUCAGCAUUCGACUACUCACGCUCGCUCCCUCAAAGAGAGAUUUGAACGGGGCGAGCCAAUCGCGGCGUCAGACGACGAAACUGAUAGUAAACCGAAACCGGAGAAAGCCGACGAGGAGGUGAUCGCAGCAGGCAUCAGCAGGAAGUCCCGAUCACUCUUUUUGGAACUGGACGCGACUGCAGCAAAAACAGGACGUCCAGUGACGCCAGUUCAUCCAAAAACGCCAACCGAGACCUCACGACGUGCACGAGAUGCGUUCAUGGGUCGUCAAGUCUCAGACGAUGUAGUGCGCAGCUCAGAUGCGACCGAGGAGAUCCAAGUAGAAACGUCGGAAAUUUCGAACAAGUUCAAAUUUUUCGAGUCCUAUAAGGAACCGGAGAAACAGCGGAAGCAAUUUCGCAUUACGCCACCUCGAGACGGUCAAGUCAAGAUGGAUUCACCGGAUCGCGAGAUUUACCGCGAUCCAGACGUAGUCAGAGCCGAUGACAGGGUGGACGAGGUGGUGCGCACAGACACAGCGAGGAAGAUGCUGUCCAUCUUUCGGCAGAUGGAAGAGAAUGCAUGCAAGGAAGAACUGCCGGAGGGUCCGAAGCCCUUGAAACGUUUCACACCGCCCCCUGAGGAUAAAUUCGCCAAAGCAACGGCCUCGGACUCGGAGGAAGGCGAGGAUGAAGAGGGCGAAGAAACCGAUGGUGAUGAAAGCGCUGAGGAGAGAGAUCCCAACUAUGUCCGUGCUUCUGAUAAGGUAGAGGACGAAUUCUUGAAACAAGCGCAGAAUGCGGUGCGCGCCAAGACUCUACGUGCUAAGUUCGAGCACUGGGAGGAGACCGAUGGCAAGGUCAGCAAUCAUCAUGUCGCCGAAAUGGAGAUGGCCCAGGGUACGGGCGAGCAGUCCAGCAUAGAAUCGGCGAGCAGUCUUAGAGCUCGUUUCGAGUCCCUUGGCUCGCAGGCUAACGAGUCUCCGCGCACACCGAAGGUCAAAGUCAAUCGAUUUGUGUAAAGGAAAGAGAAAGAAAGGGAGAGACGAAGAAAAUACACACCAGGAGAUUAAUUCGAUUACGAGAAAAGUGAGAGAAGAAAGAGAAGAAGAUCGAUGGAAGAGGAAGAGGAACCGUCGUUGGAACCGCGAUGGAAAGGCAAUUUUUUUAAAUCUCGUGCAUUAAGGAAAAAAUAAACGGCAAUAAAAUUCGAUUAUUGUCGAUUAUUAACGACUUUGCGUUUUCUUAGGGAUGAUUUUAACACACUCGAGUUAUGUUCGUAUAGUACAUCUUAGCCUGUAGAUUGUAUCAUAUGUUAUGUGUUAAUACGUUAUUGUACUAGAGAAUUUGCGCGAUUAUUAGAUUCGUUGAGCGUUUCGACCAAUUGCCAAUUAGAAUGGAAGAUAUAUGCUAUCGCAAAAUCAAUUCCAAACAGAUGGCAAUAAACCGUUUGAAGCAUAACAUGCCAAGUCACGCAGAAGAAAAAGCAUGCAGAAAUUUAAUAUAUAUUGAUUUGCAGAUUAUGGCGUUAUGAAAAGAUUUAUUAAUCAUUAUUUUCUUAUAAAUAUUUUUAUCAAAUGAUAAAUUGAAUUGGACAGCUGCAAAAUUUUUCAUUGCGUAUGUAAUAGAAAUCUUGCUUUAUUAGUAAUCCGUGGAAAUAUUUGUUACACAGAAACGCUCAACUUAUACAUAUAACAGAGAGAGAACUUUAUUGUCUACUAAUUUACUUUACACAAUAAAAGACGAAUGUCCAUCUUUUGUGUCAUACGUAUGUUGGCUUUAUCGUUGUCAGGAAGAAUCUUUGAAAAAAAAUAAAUUCUUUCUAUCCACAUACGUGCGAUGUAUUGCUGUAAAACAUAAGAUGGAUUCGCUUUCAAGCAGUGAAAUUCGUAACGAUGUAUAUUCAAUU